GUCCUCCUCCUCCUCGCCUGUCUACUGCAGACUGAGUGAAGAUGGCGGCCAGUUCAGAGCGGAGUCCCCCUCCCUUCCCCGAGUCAGAGGAGCAGGAACUGGAGCACGACUUAGAGGAGGAUGAGGAGGACAGCGAGGAAGGCGCUGAUAUUUUCACAGGCGGUACACUCUCUGAUUCUGCGAUGGACCCUCCACUUCCUGUGAGCUCCAGUGAGCCUCCUAAAGACAUCUUCAGUGAACCCCCAGCAGAUACCUUCAAGGACCCACUAAAUAAGACGAGUGCUGAGAAGGCAGCGAGUGGAGGGCUCAGUAAAGCUCAGGCUGCUGUCCCUGUGAAAGUGGCUGCCGAUGAGGAGCUGGAUGAUCUGUUCAGUGAUUCUUUAGGUGAGUCUGGAGCUGCACCAGUGACUGAUGCAAAAAUUGCACCCUUACUGGACCUUGGUGAGGAACCACAAAAGAGCGAUGUUAUCAAGAAGGGUGCAGGGAAGGAUGACGCCAGUACUGAGGUCCUCAGUGCACCUCAAAAUGACGUCAUCAAAAAGGACAUUUUUGAAGAGCCUCCGAAAGGUGCUGCUAAAGACCUGCCCACUGACAUUAAAGAUGGCAAUGCUGCUGGAAAGAAACCAGCAAGCACUGACCUGUUUGGUGAUGAUGAUGAUGAGGACCUGUUUAAGGAGCCCCUGGGAGCUAUGACUAAGAAACCACAAGGAUCGCUCUUCACCGAGGCGAAAUCGGAGGCCAAGGCAGCCCGACCUGAGCAAUCUAAUAGUGCUGCAGCUGAUCUUUUCACUGAGGAGGCCUUCACAGUCACACCUGUUGUUGCUGCUGCAAAGUCCAGCGUGAACACCAGCUCAAAGACCAAUGGAUUACACUCUGAUGAAGAAGAUCUGUUUGCAGAGGCCACGGUUGAGCUGUCACUGGACAGUCCUCAUAAUGACCGAAGGAAGAGAGAAGCAGCAAAGCCCUCAGCACCAGCUCCCUCUCUUUCGGCCUCAGCCAGCACUUCCAAACCUCAGCCUAAAACACUGGAAGAGCUGGAGGAGGAGGAGAAAGAGGACACAUUUGAUUUGAACAUUUCAGUCACAAACCCAGAGAAAGUUGGUGAUGGUAUGAACGCCUAUAUGGCCUACAAAGUCUCAACGCAGACGUCGCUGUCCAUGUUCCGCAGUAAGCAGUUCACAGUGCGUAGGCGCUUCAGUGAUUUCCUUGGUCUGUAUGAGAAGCUCUCUGAGAAACAUGCACAGAAUGGAUAUAUUGUGCCCCCACCGCCAGAGAAGAGCAUUCUGGGAAUGACGAAAGUGAAGGUUGGUAAAGAAGACCCCUCAUCAGCCGAGUUUGUUGAAAGGAGGAGAGCUGCUCUAGAAAGGUACCUCCACAGAGUCGUGUCACAUCCGUCUCUGCUGCAGGACCCAGAUGUGAGAGAGUUUUUAGAGAAAGAGGAGUUACCCAGAGCAGUUAGUACACAAGCCCUGAGCGGAGCUGGAUUCCUCAAAAUGAUCAACAAGGCAACAGAUGCAGUGAGCAAGAUGACGAUCAAAAUGAACGAAUCGGAUGUUUGGUUUGAAGAGAAGCUACAGGAGGUUGAAAGUGAGGAUCAGCAGCUAAGGAAGCUGCAUGCCAUGGUGGAGUCUCUUGUCAACCACAGGAAAGAAUUGUCUGUGAAUACAGCCAUGUUUGCUAAGAGUGUGGCGAUGUUGGGGAGCUCAGAGGAUAACACUGCACUCUCCAGAGCUCUGUCCCAGCUGGCUGAGGUGGAAGAUCGCAUUGAACAGCUUCAUCAGGACCAGGCCUCUAAUGACUUCUUUAUCUUUGCUGAGCUCCUUGCUGACUACAUACGCCUGCUAGGGGCUGUCAGGGCUUGCUUUGACCAGAGGAUGAAGGCGUGGCAGCGAUGGCAGGACGCUCAAAACAUGCUGCAGAAAAAGAGAGAGACAGAGGCUAAGCUACUCUGGGCCAACAAACCAGACAAACUGCAGCAGGCCAAGGACGAAAUUGUUGAGUGGGAGGCCAAGGUCAGUCAGUAUGAAAGAGAGUUUGAAAGGGUUUCUGCCACCGUACGCAAAGAAGUCAUCAGGUUUGAGAAAGAGAAAUCUCGGGAUUUCAAGAAGCAGAUUAUUCGCUAUCUUGAGUCUCUGCUACAAUCACAACAACAGCUGAUAAAGUACUGGGAGGCGUUUUUGCCGGAGGCGAAAGCAAUCGCAUGAGUGUGACCCCACACAGAUAAACACACAUACACAGGCCUGCUUAAGACUGUGCUUAAGAGUCUGCCUUUUCUAUACACUUUACCUCUUGCCUAUAAACCAAGAGAAGAGAUGCGUUACAAAGGGAAAGAGAGAAACAAUCGAUAAUUGUGGGUUUAUUUGUUUUUUAAUUAAUCACCAGAAACUUACAGCUCUUUACUCUAACAGUUGUAUUAAUAAUUGUAUAUUUUUCAUUUAACCUCCACCUAUAUUUUCUUAUUGACAAAGCUAUUGCUAGGGGAUGUACAUGCAUGGUGAUGGGGUGGGUGUUGUCUUCCUCAUGUGUAUGCAAAUUUAUUUUUGUUUUGGUUUUGUUUUUAUGUUGGUGUUCAGAGAUAGUAGGUGCCAUUAGUGUGAAUAGUAUUCACACCACACAGAGGGAGGCAUGUUGCACUCUUGAUAUUUGACUCAUCAGCAGUGCUAAUCGUUUACAGCAGGGGGCCCUCUCCUUCCACACAUGCACUUAACUAGGUUUCUCUUCCAUUCUGUUUUCCCUGAUAAGAGAGAGCUGCCAAUGAGAGGGCGCUUGCUUGCAGUUUGAUGAACUGGGCCACUGUGAGCGUCUGCUCAACAUUUAAGAAUGAUUCAGUGAAGUGAUUCCAAGGAGUGGGAGGUUACAUAUUAGGAAAUGUGUAGUUGCUUAAAAUGAAAGUGCAAGUAAAGACAAGACAACACCGGUUUCUCAGAACAAGGUGGAUCCCGUCUGUUUACUUGGGAUGAUGAGAGGAUGGUGAAAUGCUGCAUCACUCUUUUACUGGAUGUCACAUUUGUCAGCUAAUCAGAGUCCCACAAGAGUGACCAUGGAUUCUACAUUGCUGUGCAUCUGCUUACCAAAAUGGAAUGCUUAUGAGAAAAGCAUCUACUGUAAUACCACUUUUGUGGGUCCCUCAUUUAGUUUUUCAUGUUAGCAGUCCUCCGUUUUUUUUGUUUUUCACUUAGUCCAGUACCUACAAUAUUGCCUACAUUAGAACCCAAAUAUCAACAUCUAAUGGCUUUUACCUGAUCAUACAGGUGACAUUCCACACUUUGGCGGUCAUAUUUGGGAGCUAAACAUGAUUCACAUAGGCUGCACUUAAACUUCAUUUAUUAGUUAUGCAGUUAAAUCUUCAAACUACAAACGUUACAGCUGUCAGUUUAACCGAAGUUGUUGCGCAGUAUGUUUUGAAAGAGAAGCAUUGAGGUUAAAACGUGUUUGAGCACUUAAACUGCCAGCAAGUGAUUGACUGGAGUUCCCUGGCUGUGGCAUCUCCAUUAUACUGUCUCUGCUUUACAUGAAGUGUCGUAAAAUCAAACGUUCCUCCUAAAAACUGGGAUUGUAGGCAGAGUUCAGUUUUUUAAAAUGUCAUCUGUUCUUUUAAACACAGACGUGUGCUUCUUUAUGGCCACCAUUUGUAUAGUUUAUGCCAACAAUUAUUGAAACUUUUUUUCUUGCAUCACUUUUUUUGAUAAUCAUGGUAUUUGUUGUUUUAUCUCUGUACCUGUGAUAAUUAAUCAUGGUGUUCGACGGUCAUCAGAUUUCCCCAGAUGCUGCUGAGCUUUCAGCUGACCUUGUUUUUGAUAAUUGUCUCCUUCCAGUGGUUCAUAAAGUGGGUUGGGAUUUUUUUUUUUUUCCUUGUUUCAGGCUUGUGUCUCCAGAUAGUAGUGUCAGAAAUGCAUGAAGGGGGACCCUUAUGGACCACAAUCUAAGGGUCCUUCUCAUGAGUCUGGCAUGAUAGUCCCUUUAACUGCCAUAAAUGAUCAGAAAGACAUUUUCUUUAUUAGACUGUAUUUUUUUUUUUUUAAUCUUCCAGCCAAGCCAGUAGAUAUUGUUUAAGCGCACCUUCUGUUGGGCAACACAAUAAAGAUAGUUUUAAAGGA